AUGACAGAAAGCAAUACAGGUUACAUUUUUAUUGCUGUGAGAAAUGUCUUUUCUUCCCAAAUUGUAAUUGGGAUUGCAGCCAAUGUCUUCCUGCUUCUCUUCCACAAAGUCACAUUCCUUCUGCAGCGCAGGCCCAAACCCACUGAUCUGACCAUCGCUCACUUGGCCCUAAUUCAUAUGCUGAUGCUAUUAAUCAGGACCUUCCUGGAUAUGGACAUUUUUUGGGUUCAGGACAUUUGGAAUGACAUCACAUGUAAAGCAGUCAUCUACUUGUACAGGUUGAUGAGAAGCCUGUCAGUUAGCACCACCUGUAUGCUGAGUGUCCUUCAGGCCAUCACCCUCAGUCCCAGAAGCUCCUUUCUGGCAAAAUUCAAACAGACAUCUCCACAGAACAGUCUGUGUUGCUUUCUCAUUCUCUGGGUGUUCAACAUGUUCAUUAAUGUUCGUGUUUUAGUCUGCAUUAGAGGACCCAGCAAUGACACAUCAGCUUUACCAUUUUUCUUUGAAUCCUGCAGGGUUUCCUCCACACAUCACUACUUCAACACCUUCUUUCACCUGAUAGGAAUACUCCGGGAUGUUUUCUUUAUAGGGCUCAUGGCCCUCUUCAGUGUGUACAUGGUGACCCUCUUGUGCAGGCAUAAGAGGCAGUGCCAGCACCUUCACAGCACCAGCCUGUCUCCAAAAGCAUCCCCAGAGCUGAGGGCCACCAGGACCAUCCUGCUGCUCAUGGGCUUCUUUGUUGUCAUGUACUUCAUGGACUGCAUUUUCUCAUCCUCCUCUGGAAUGAUGUGGAAGAAUGAUCCAGUUCGUGUUGGGGUCCAGAUGUUGGUGGGCAAUGGCUAUGCCACCGUCAGUGCUUUGAUGCUAAUCAGCACUGAAAAGCGGAUAAUCAAGUUCUUCCAAUCCACAUUGGGGAAGGAGAGGAAAUGUUUAUGCAUUACUGGGUAA